AUGGCCUCAAUUGCGCGUUCCUCUCUGCUUAGGCAGACCGCUAUGGCUUCUCGAUUGGCCGCUGUCCCCGCGACCCGAAGCACUUUCAUGCCUAUGCCUAGCAUCCGAUCUCAGCUUAAGGGUGUCGCUGCUUUCCACAACACUGCUCGACGAUCUGCUAUUCUCCCUCCUGGACCUCAGCGCAUCGAGGGUGGUGUCAACGACCCUGCUCCCAUCCCCGAGCCCAACGCCGCCCACGGCUCUUACCACUGGACCUUCGAGCGUCUCCUCGCCGCCGGCCUCGUCCCCUUGACCGUCGCUCCCUUCGCUGCUGGAUCUCUCAACCCUACCCUCGACGCCAUCCUCUGCAGUGUUCUUCUCCUCCACUCCCACAUGGGCUUCCAGCAGGUCGUCAUCGACUACAUUCCCUCAAGGACCUACCCUGGCCUCCGAAAGAUCUUCAACUGGCUCCUCAACAUUGCGACUGUCCUCGUUGGAGUUGGUCUGUACGAGUUCGAGACCAACGACGUUGGUAUCACCGAGGCUGUCCGACGAGUGUGGAAGGCAUAG